AUCUACUAUCCCUUCUUCAAAGAUUUUGGACCAUUAGAUCUGGGCCUAGCGUUCCGAUUCUGCAGAAAGACCGCCCAGCUACUUCAGGAAGCAGAAAGCCAGGGGAAGCACCUCAUCUUUUUUACAGGACCUUCCCCACAGUACAAAGCCAACGCUGCUGUCCUGGUGGGCAUUUUCCAGGUGAUGCUACUGCAGCGCUCAGCAGAGAGAGUCUGCAGCCUCCUGCAGACGAUGGAGCCGUUUCUUCCAUUCAGAGAUCCCUCUCGGGGCCCCUCCUGCUUCGACCUGCAAGUCUAUGACUGCGUUCGGGGCAUUGCAAAAGCGAAGGAGGUGGGCUUUCUGGACUGGCACCUGCCAGAGAGCUCCUUCAACCUGGCAGAGUAUGAGCACUAUGAACAGGUCGAGAAUGGCGACCUCAACUGGAUUGUCCCAGGGAAGCUGCUGGCGUUUUCGGGGCCAUCUGCUUCACCGUAUAUGAUAGGCACGUAUACCACGCACACGCCGGAAGACUACCACAAGUAUUUCUCGCACAAGGGCAUCACAGCCGUCGUGCGCCUGAACAACAAGCUGUAUGAUGGGGAGCGGUUCACGAGCGCGGGCUUCAACAUGCACGAGCUGUUCUUCUCCGAUGGCAGCUGCCCCUCCGAGAAGAUCCUGCAGACCUUCCUGCACAUCGCUGAGACCGAAAAUGGCGCGUUGGCGGUGCACUGCAAGGCGGGGCUGGGCCGCACGGGGGUGCUGAUCUGCGCGUACAUGAUGAAGCACUACGGGUUCACGCCGGAGGAGGCCAUGGGCUACAUCCGCAUCUGCCGCCCCGGGAGCGUCAUCGGCCCCCAGCAGAACUUCCUGAUCGCCAAGGCCAAACAGCUGCAGCAGGAGGGCCGCGCCUUCAGAGAAGCCAGACGGGUGCGCAGCAGCAGGCUCCUGUACCGCACAAGCCAUAGAUAUCCACGAGAUUAA